AUUCGAAGUGCUGUGUGAGAACAUCAAGUGCCGUGUGUGCAAAGUACGGAAUUUUGUAUGAAGGCGAAAAGAUCUAGUAACUCCUUCGAUGUGAUGUGUGCAAUGACUGUCUUAUUGCAUCACCUGAUUGGAGGACCUGAAGUAUAUUAGGGUUGUCCAUUCUCUGAAAAAAAAGUUGUAGAUAAUAAGCCUCGUAAGAAUUCUUCAUCUUGGGUUUACUUAUUAGUUGUGGGAUAACCUGAGUGUACUGAUAUUAAACAAUUUCUCUUUAGACUGUGAAAGUCCGGUUGUUUUUAAGAAGAAAAAUAUCUACAUCAUCGGGAUAACCUGAAUGAUAAAAACAAGAAAAUAUAUCAGACCGCGAAUAUAGUUUUCCUGUAGCUUGCCCGCAUUGCUGUCUAAAAACCAGUUCUUGACACCAUGCCAGCGGGUAUUACGCUCGACUCCUCACGUAUCCUUCUUGUGUGUAUGGUCGCCCUCGGCUUCAUGGUGAUGCACAGCCAGAUUCAAGGCAUCAAGGACAGCGUCCAGAAAGAUGGAAAAGGCGAAACGGAAGAUAAAAUUUCAGUAGUGGAAAGCUCGUUAAACAAGACCAGUCAGCUGAUCAAGAACAUCUACUGCGCAGUCGCUGAGGUGCAGCCGUCGGGCGGCUUCUGCCUGACUGAUAAGCACAUCUUAACUGGACAUAAUGAAGCCUGGGAUGGAAAGUUAUGCGGAGCGCUGGAGGAGCUGUUCGGGUACUCGAGCGUGGCGGACUUCGGCGCCGGCCUGGGCCACUACGGCCGCUGCUUCCUUCGGCACAACGAAGACUUCCUCGUCCGCGGCAACGAGCUCGAGCGAAACGCGCUGACCAGGUUCUACUGGCAGCAGAUGACGAAAGCCAACCUUGCUCAUAAGCCGCAGGUGCUCCGAUCAUGGCACGGUUACGACGGAGCGUCCAACAUUGAGAAAAUGAGCGGAGGCAAAAUCAAGCAGCUGGAACUCGGGACUCCUGUCGACCUCGGGAGGCGCUUCGACUGGGUCAUGAGCAUCGAGGUCGGAGAGCACAUCCCGGUCGAGAGCGAAGAUGUCUUUAUGGACAAUGUGAUUAAGCACGCAUGUAAAGGUGUGGUGUUGUCAUGGGCGGUCCCGGGCCAGACAGGUCACCACCACAUUAACAACAGGCAAAACGACUACAUCAUUGGCAAAAUGAAGAAGAAGGGUAUGAUUCACGACCUGCAGGCACAGACACACAUUCGCACGGAGAUUGAUGCCCACUGGUUAAAAGAUACUAUAAUGGUGUUUAAAUUUCCCAAAGCAAAAUGUUGAUGCUUUCGCUGGCUUCAUCACAGCAUGGAAACAUCGACGUCUUGCAAAAAUAUGAAGUGCAACGAAGGGAAACAACGCUGUUCAGAAUACCCCGAAAAGAAACAAAUUGGUCGACGUGGUCACAUUACAUUAUCACAGUGUUGCCAAAAUAAACUUCUGCAAAAAGAAAAAGAAAAAAAAGAGAAAGAAAAUACGAUUACCUGAAAAGGUUAACAAUAUAAUUCUUUCCAGCUUAAUGUUUUAUUUUAGUUGCCAUGAUGUUAUAUCUCUAUUUCGUUUGAUUAGAUCGUUAUGCCUUAAAUUCAUGGUGUGCGAGUUCAAGUGAGAUUUCUUUUAGAGUUGGUGCAAGGUAUGUGAUAAUAAAAAAACCAUAGGGAGGUAGUUUAAAAGGUAUAUAAUAAGGCACUUUACAAUGUAAAAUAUGUAAUAUUCAACCUAUUAUAAAGACUUUCUAAAAAAA